UUUGAGAAAAGUUGUCAAUAGGGAAUUUGCGCGUGCUCGACUUUUGAAGCAAUUUUUUGCAAAGUAUUUAAGAUGUCUGGUGUAAAAUCUCAAUUAGCUGCUCUAAGUAGUCUAGGAGGCACGCCAAAAGAUCAAGCCGACAGGUAUAGAAGUGUUCUGGAUAAUAUUGUUAAAAGCAGCGGAGAAGAACUUGUAGAAGGAUUGAAAGCUUUCGUUGAAGCAAUUGUUAAUGAAAACGUCAGUCUUGUGAUAUCUAGACAAUUGUUGACUGAUGUUGGAAGCAAUCUUACGAAAUUAGCAGAUGAUGUGUCCAAAUUAGUUUCUCACUACACACUAGAAAAAGUACAACCACGUGUAGUUUCGUUUGAAGAGCAGGUGGCAAGUAUCCGACAACAUCUUGCGGAAAUAUAUGAGAAGGAACAAAGUUGGAGAGAAGCAGCUAAUGUUCUUGUUGGCAUACCUUUAGAAACUGGUCAAAAGCAAUAUUCUGUUGAUUACAAAUUAGACACGUAUCUCAAAAUUGCCCGACUUUAUUUGGAAGAUGAUGACCCUGUACAAGCUGAGGCUUUUAUCAACAGAGCUUCUCUAUUACAAACAGAGUCCAAAGACGAGCAGUUGCAGAUAUAUUACAAAGUCUGCUAUGCUAGAGUUCUUGAUUAUCGUAGAAAAUUCAUCGAAGCUGCUCAACGAUACAAUGAGCUGUCUUACCGGUCUAUAAUUCAUGAAGAAGAGCGCAUGAGAGCUUUGAAAAAUGCUUUGAUAUGCACAAUUUUAGCUUCUGCUGGUCAGCAGAGAUCAAGAAUGUUAGCCACUCUAUUUAAAGAUGAACGAUGCCAACAAUUACCAACUUACGGCAUUCUUGAAAAAAUGUAUUUAGAUAGAAUUAUUCGACGGAGUGAGUUAGAUGAAUUUUCAGUUUUGCUCCAACUUCAUCAGAAAGCUUCUACACCAGAUGGGUCCUCAAUAUUGGAUCGAGCUGUAAUCGAGCAUAAUUUAUUGUCUGCUAGUAAAUUGUACAACAAUAUAACAUUUGAAGAACUGGGUGCUUUGCUUGAAAUCCCUCCUUCUAAGGCUGAGAAAAUCGCAUCUCAAAUGAUAACAGAAGGUAGAAUGAACGGAUACAUCGAUCAAAUUGAUUCUAUAGUCAAUUUUGAAAAUAAAGAAGUUUUACCUUCCUGGGAUAAGCAAAUAGAAAGUUUGUGUUUCCAAGUGAAUAAUAUUAUAGAAAAAGUAACUCUGCAUGCACCGGAAUGGAUGGCACAAGCAAUGGAAGAACAAAUGGUGCAUUAAAAAUUUUCUAACUCUAAAAAUGAUAAUGCUUUUCAUUAAGAAAAUGUUCACACUUGUUCAUGUAUUAUAUAUUUCCUGUACAGUUAUAAUUUCAAUAAAAAGA